AUGACUGAGAGCAGAGCUUUGUCCUCUUAUGAUGGAACUUAUAACAGUCUAAAAGAUGUCUAACGGGUUGGAUCAUAUGAAUGUGGAAAUAUAUUAACAAACUUUAACAAUUAGAAAUACCCAAAUUCAAAACCCAAUCAUUAGAUGAUGGACACAAAAACAUACCUGGAAUAGUUAGAAUAAAAAUAUUGCAAGAAAACAAAUGGGUAUGAUGAUAGCGAUUCUGAUGAUUUUUCAAAUGGUUGUUCUCCUCAUAAAGCAGCUUCAUAGGUUCCUACAAAAUUUUAGAAAAGCAAAGUAUCAGCAAAUAUUCAGAAUUAACCUGAAUUCAAGAUUCCAGUUGAUAUAAAUUUAUCAAGGGGUCCAAGCGAAAUUGGACAAGAUUAUAGGACAAUAUAAGAUAUGAAUUAAAAAUAUGGAAGCAUAACAUAAUCAAGGAUUACAAUAGUUGAUCAGGAUGCAAAAAGAAGAUUUUUUGAAUUGGCUUUAGAAAUGAAAAAAGAGUUGCCUUAACAUCAUCCAGCUUAAUCUCUGUUGGUAGCCCAGUUAUACGCAGAAAGUGUUCAAAAAUAAAUAUCUGAAAAAUAUUGGAGAUAAUGGUUAUAAGCAAGGAUGAAGAAUUGA